UCACGAGCAUCUAAUACGCCACUAGGGUUUUCGACUCCCAUUGAUGCUUGCAGCUCAUCAAUGGCGGGUUCUCGUGUUCAGACCAACAAGCCCCAUAAAUCUCGCUUUACUUCAAAAUCAUCUCGCAACAUUCACAAAACUUCUGCUAAAGACAAGGGCAGGAUUGCUAAGUCUGCGAACAAUGUUGGCAAGGGAGGUCGCGCUGCUCGGAUUCAGCGCAACAAAAUGAUAAGGGAGCAUAAACGCGCUGCUCUUUUGAAAGAAAAGAGGGCGUCCAGUGGAUCGGCAAGCCCUCCACGCGUCAUUGUUCUUUUUGGCCUUUCUGCUUCUGUAAACCUAAAUUCACUUGCAGAAGAUCUUUUCACAUUAUUAUCUUCUGAACCCGUCCUUUCAACAGUAGCUUCUUCCGAGUAUAAGCUGAGAACUACAGUGUUGAAAGCACCUCAUGGAGAUCUACUUUCAUGUAUGGAAAUGGCUAAGGUUGCUGAUUUGAUUGCUUUUGUAGCAUCUGCGAGCUCUUCAUGUGAUGAAUGUAGUUCUAGCUACUAUAUUGAUUCAUUUGGGUCGCAAUGCUUGUCAGUGUUUAGAGCUCUUGGUUUGCCAAGCACUGCCGUAUUGAUUCGUGAUCUGCCAAAUGAUUUGAAGAAAAAACAUGUGGCUAAGAAGAUAUGUAUUUCUAGCCUUGUUUCCGAAUUUCCUGAGGAUUGUAAGUUUUAUCCUGCAGAUACAAAAGACGAGUUGCACAAGUUCAUGUGGCUUUUCAAGGAGCAAAAACUAACAGUUCCUCAUUGGCGGAACCAACGUCCUUACCUCAUGGCUCAAAAGGUUGAUUUGGUUGCUGAUGCUUGCAGCCCUGACAAAUGUACACUUCUCCUCACUGGUUAUGUUCGUGCUCGUUGUCUAUCUGUAAAUCAGCUGGUUCAUGUAUCUGGUGCAGGGGAUUUUCAGUUGUGCAAAAUUGAAAUUCUCAAGGAUCCAUGUACCUUGAAGGCAAGGCAAGAAAGUGAUGUUAUGGAUGCAGAUGAAGAGCAUGAUGUCCAGGUUGUCAGUUCAAUCAUCCCUGAUCCUAUGAAACAUGAGCCUUUAAUUGUUGAGAAUUUUCAAGACCCUCUUGCAGGCGAGCAGACUUGGCCAACAGAAGCAGAAAUGGAGGAAGCUGAUAGAAAUCAUAGAGAGAAGAGGUUGAGGAAAAGGGCCCUACCUUGGGGAACUUCUGAAUACCAGGCUGCUUGGAUCAUUGAUGAUUCAGAUUUGGAUGACUCCGAGAACAAUGAUGAUGACUCUGAGAUCAAUGAUGAUGCAGUUGAUGGCAUGGUGUUGGACGAAACUAAUGGUGUUUUUGCUAAUCGAGAGCAUAACAGAAAAUUGGAGCUUGAUGAUGACCAGACUUCACUUCAACUAGAUUUGAAGGACUCAGAUGAAGAAACUGAAGUUGAUUCAGUGAUGAUGGGUGGAGAGAGCCUGACAAAAGAGCAGAUAGAGGAUGAGAUUCGCAAAAUUAAAGCAGCACAUGCUGAAGAUGAGGAAUUUCCUGAUGAAGUGGAUACCCCAUUAGAUGUUCCUGCUCGACAACGUUUUGCCAAGUAUAGAGGCCUCAAGUCUUUCAGGACCUCUUCAUGGGACCCUAAAGAAUCUUUACCCCAAGAAUAUGCACGAAUUUUUGCAUUUGAUAAUUUCACAAGAACAAAGAAACACGUCCUUGCAAAAGCUCUAGACAUGGAUCAAGGAGGCACAGAUGAAUGUGCACCUGUAAGUUCAUAUGCAAGACUUCAUAUUAAGGAAUUUCCAACCGAUACUGCCUCCAAAUUGUGCACACGUGCAAAGACAAUGCCUAUUAUAGCAUGUGGCCUCUUGCAACACGAGUCUAAGAUUUCUGUCCUCCACUUCAGUAUAAAGAAGCACGACACCUACACUGCUCCUAUCAAAGCUAAAGAAGAACUAUUAUUUCAUGUUGGUUUCCGCCAAUUUGUUUGUAGGCCAAUCUUUUCUUCUGACAAUAUAAAUUCCGACAAGCACAAGAUGGAGAGGUUCCUUCAUGAAGGGGUGUUUUCCAUAGCAUCAAUAUAUGCUCCAAUUUGUUUUCCUCCUCUUCCUGUGAUUGCUCUAAAGGGUGAAGCAGCUUCUACCUCACCAUCAGUUGCCGCUAUUGGUUCAUUGAGGAGUAUCGAUGCAGAUAGAAUUAUUUUGAAGAGAAUUAUUUUAACUGGUUAUCCUCAGCGAGUAUCAAAACUAAAAUCCACUGUGAGAUACAUGUUCCAUGAUCCAAAGGAUGUGAGAUGGUUCAAGCCUGUUGAAGUAUGGACAAAGUGUGGUCGCCGAGGUCGCAUUAAGGAACCUGUUGGUACUCAUGGGGCAAUGAAGUGUGUUUUCAAUGGAGGCCUCCAGCAGCACGAUACGGUAUGCAUGAGUUUGUACAAACGGGUGUAUCCUAGAUGGCCGCAACACUGGUUCCCGCUGAAUGCUUGAGCAGAUACACCUCGUGCAUGAUCUUUGGAGCGUGCGAGAACUUUUGUGUUUAUCGCAGAUGGGAAUGAAGCUCUGGUUCAGAUUGACAGUUCUAAGUAAUGUUUGCCAACAAGCUGUAAAAGUUAGCAAGAUGCGAGGGAGUAAUUUUUCCCCAGUUAAAGCAACAAGUUUACGAUACAAUUUUAUAGCUGCAAGGGCUGUGCUGGUUUUUUAAUUCACGCAAUCAAUUUAUUAUAGCAGAACUCUAUUGAUUCUUGUGUUACUUCCAUUCUUCAAUUCUUUUC